ACCGUCAGUGCUCUUGUACUGAAUAAGAUAAUUGGGACCGGAAUAUACACAUCUCCGAAGAUCGUCUUGGCAGCCACUGGAAGUAAAGGAAUAAGUCUCAUGUUAUGGCUUCUAGGUGGCGUUAUGACCUGGGCUGGCAUAUUCAUAUACAUAGAAUACGGAAUACGAUGGCCAGUAACCGGAGGUGAACUCUACUAUAUCGAGAAUAUAUUCAAAAGACCUCCGCGGCUCCUUACGUACAUAUUUUCCAGCAUUUUCGUUGUUGUCAACGGACUUCAAGUCAAUGCAUUGGUCUUUGGCCAAGAGAUCAUCGUCGCAAGCUCGCCUGUCAAUGCGCCAAUUAACCAGAACCUGCAAAAGUUCUUCGCCAUUAUAAUUGCAACAUUCAUAUGCCAGUUGCAGGCCUACUCGAGGUUUCUUUACAUCAAACUCGGUAACACCUUAGCCGUGGUGAAAGUUGUUGCUCUUCUGUUCAUAGUUAUUUGUGGAUUGGCUGCGCUCGGGAAAGCGCGAGUUACAGGAGCAAAUGAGAUUGAAACCUCCUAUGGGAAAGCAGACUUGAGCAAUGCUUUUGCUUCUGGUUCCGGAAAUCCGUACCAGUACGCGCUUGCACUCUUGAAUGUCAUGCGAGCGUUUCUGGGUUACGAAAACGCAAAUUUUGUUUUGGAAGAAGUCCGAGCUGGGCCUCCCGGCGAUGAGAGGCGGAUAUUCCGUCGAGCAGUAAAAGCGAGCGUUGGGAUCUGCAUUUUCUUAUAUGUGAUGGUGAAUGUUGCAAUUUUUACAGUUUGCACAACUGAGGAGAUAAUAAACACACCAAACACAAUCUCACUCUUCUUUCAGAAAGUCUUUGGAGUCUCCGAUCAUGCCCAUGUAGGAUCGGCAAUCAUGAUUGCAAUAUCUGGGACAGGUUCCAUGAUAGCUUCGACAUUCGCAAAUGUUCGGGUCAAACAAGAGAUUGGCCGACUGGGCGUACUACCAAUCCCAGAGUUCUGGUCAAAAACGUCUCAUCGUCGCACACCUGCUCAUUCCCUGUUUCUCCACUGGAUUUUUAGUGUAAUCCUGAUUGCCGUUACGCCUCUGGAUAACGCAGCAGGCUUUCUGAUAAUGAGUACCUUCUGGACCUAUAUGCAUACUUACAUUGGCAUUCCAUUGGGUCUUGCUCUUCUCUGCGCGCCGUGGAUCUCAGCUUUCAAUUUCGAGGGCGGCCGUGUCUGGAAACCUCAGAGUUCAACGAUGGGCUGGUGGCUCCUUGCUCCUCUUACCGUGAUCUACGUAGCCUCCAAUACCUUCGUGCUCGCGGUCUCUUGGAUCCCUGCAAACCUACAACAAACAACUCAUUCCACGGGAAGUAAUCUUCCGUAUUUUACAGGUCCGGUUGCCGGUCUCGGGGUUAUCGCUUUUGGGAUCAGCUGGUGGUGUUGGGAUCUUCACGUUCUGCCGUUCCUGGGAUACAAGUUUUGGACUGAAGAGGAUGAACUAGAAUACAGUGAGGAAUGGAACGUAAAGGUCCUAACUGUUCACUUCCACGUUAGUAUUGCUUUCUCCAUGUUCUAUGAUACAAAUCGGGUCGAAACUGACAGUUUCGCAGCGUCAGCUUGA